AUGACACCACCAGACAUUACGACAGUGCCAGUGUGGACAGACCGAUCUCUGGCACUGCUCGUGAAAUGUCAGGUUCCAAGAGUGGCGAGUCGAUGCUGCUGUUCCCGUAGUUAAAGAGAGGAAAGGGGAAAAAGAAGAGAGAGAGUAGAGUAUAUAUCAACGGCGGGAAAGUGAAUGAAUCGUGUUCUCUGCCAUCCGCGCCGAAGUGAGAGCAUGCCGAGAGGGGAACAGGUGUAACACCGCCGAAACAGAAUGUGCUCCUCGCCAAGACGCCCCUCCGUCACACCCGCCGCUCGAACCUUCGUCUUCCAGCAACUCCUUCUGCUCCUCCUUCUGUGCAUGCGAGUCUCCUCCUCAUACACCCCAGGGGCACCGACGUCGCCCUUGCCUCACGAAAAGUACCCGGGCGAAGAGCAGCUCGGGCAUGAAGAGGGGCUGGUUUCUUCCGAAGGAGAUGACGUCGGCAAUUUUUUCCCACAAGAAGUCGGAGUUCGGAGUUCUGAGUGGUUCGCAGAAGUACAAACGCUGGACAUUAUAACAAAGCCAAUCAUAAGUGUAAGUUAUGAGCCUCACGCCCCUCCUUCCUUCCUUCUCUCUAGGGGUGUGGUGGUGGUAUCCGGCAGGGAGCUUCUGGUGGAGCCUCUGCCAGGGACAAGGACCCCCGAGGGACCACACAGGAUCGUCUCGAGGGAACAGGUGGAGUCUGUUCCUGGAAAAUGUGGAGUUGACACCGAGCACGAAGAAGACGAAACGCCAACCGAUAUGAUGCCAGCUUCACACAGGGUGCGUCGCGGGGCGCUGCACGGGCCCCUCUGGACGGACAAGUUGACCCGCUUCGUGGAGGUGGUCCUCGUGGCCGACCGCAGCUUCUACCUCAAGUUCGGCAACGAGGCGCACGCGCGCUGCCGUGCCAUGAUCAACAUCGUGAAUGCGAUGUACCGCCCGCUCGGUGUCGUGGUUGUCCUGACCGACCUCGUUAUAUGGGACGACUCCGACAAAAUCGUCGUUACAGACAGACACGUGGAACUUCUUGGCAGAUUCACGGCCUACCGUCUCAAGCUGCUUCAGGAAAGGCCUGAUUUACCCAAUGACAACACUGUUCUGUUGACGAGAGUGGAUAUCGUUGGCUCGACCGUCGGUUAUGCCACCGUCAAAGGCAUGUGCAGCAAGAACUCCUCCGUGAGCGUCGUGCAAGACAAGAACGAGGCCGUGGGCAUUGUUGCGCAGACUCUUGCACACGAGAUGGGCCACAACCUAGGCAUGUUGCACGACGAGGACGCGAGAGACUGCACGUGCGAGAGUAGCAAAUGCGUCAUGGGAGGCACUGGCAGCAACUUCUACAACUCCAGCAUGGGUUGGAGUUCCUGUAGCAAGAAGUACCUCGCUCAGAGCUUCUCCACCGCCGGCUUCGACUGCCUGAAGAACGUCCCGACGAGGCUGUAUUCGCGUCCCAGCUGCGGCAACGGCGUGGUGGAGAGAGGCGAGCAAUGCGACUGCGGACCGGCGGAGUUCUGCAACAACCCCUGCUGCGACCCCGACACCUGCAGGCUGGCUGUGAACGCCACCUGCGCCUCGGGGGCCUGCUGCGACACCAAGACAUGCAAGCCUCUGCCUGUCGGGUCCUUGUGCCGGGAGUCCCUGUCCGAGUGCGACCUGCCCGAGUUCUGCGCUGGGGACUCCGAGUACUGCCCCGCUGACGUUUUCAAGAGGGACGGGGAACUUUGCUUCGAUGGAAUGGGCCACUGCCACAGAGGCGAGUGCGGAAGCCACGAGCAGCGGUGCAAGAUAGUCUGGGGACCGACGACUUCCAAGGCUGUUGAUAAGUGCUACAAUUACAACACUGGCGGUAGUUCGAACGGCAACUGCGGCUUCAGGGACAGCAGUCUGAACACCCUGAACAAGUGUAGUCAGAGAGACUCCCCCUGCGGCACCCUGCACUGCCUCCCUGCUACGGACAAGCCCAUGCUCACGGGCAGUUACCGGUAUGGGAAUAUAGGCAAGUGUCAUUACGUGUUGGCAUCGAGGCACAUACCCAGCGCCUUCUGGUUGGUUCCCGAUGGCUCUAACUGUGGCGUGAACAAGAUGUGCGUGAAGCAGAGGUGCAAGGAUAUCGCAGAACCUGACGGGGUAUCUCAGUGUCCCAACAGCUGCUCUGGCCACGGCGUGUGCAACAGCAACAACAACUGUCACUGCGACCUCGGCUUUGGCCCUCCAGACUGUUCAGGCUUUGGUUUCGGAGGCUCCUACGAUAGCGGACACAUGGAGGAGCCCCGAAUGAAUCCGGUACUGAAGGCCAUCAUCAUCUUAUUCUUCCUUUUGCUGGCCAUCGUUAUCAUCUUCUGCUGCACGUUCGACUUUCUGCGCAGGUGGUGGGAGAAACGGGGUCGAUCUCUCGUCAGAUCCAAUGUCCCUUGCUGCGCCUCCUGCAUCGACUCCUGCUGCUGCUUCUUCAUGGCAAAGUUCACUCACUGGGUCGUCUCCGCCGGGCCCCUCGGCAAGGAGAAGCACGCGGUUCAGCGCCAAGUCGAGGCGAAAGAGGGAGGGGACAGGACUACAAUCUGUCAAGUGGACGUCGAUUUUAACAAGGACUUGUCAAAGACAAAUACCUGGGGCGUCGCCGAUGACAAGCUGGUGACUGACAUCGUUACUAUCACGCCGAAGAAUUCUCCUGAUCUUAGAAGGAAGGUUCAGCUGCCUUCGGAUUCGCCCGUUCUCUACCACAAGUCCAAUGAAGGUCUAAAUCGCCCUACGUACAUCCAGUCGCUCUCGGUCGACUCAGGCUGCGUUGUCGACGACGAGGAAGUGAUCACGAAGGAACCCGUGUCGUCGCAGAUGUCGAUGACGAGUCUGGUGAGCGCCCUGAGGAAAUUCAGCCCGAAGUCGUGCAAGACCCCGAACGGGGAGGCGAGCCAGCCCAAGUUCCCCGCCCGGAAGACCUCCAAAACGCCCGAACGCGAUAUUCAACGGCCGCCCUACGUCACACAGAAGUCCAUGCCCUUGAGCCGCUUCGUCGUGGAUCCUCUCGCCGGAAAUCGGAACUCGCGGCAGGGGACGCCUCCUCCUUUCGAAGAGCCGACGCCCAACUACCGCCGCUCCGUCUCCACCGACGUGGUCUCCGCCUGCGGGAUCAAGACCCCGGAAGCCCGUCCCCGCCCCCCUCCGCCCGCCCUCAAGCCGCACAGGAGUGAAGACAACAUCCACCGAGCGCCCACGACGAAGGACAACCCCUUCUUCCCCCCGGACAAGGUCAUCGGGAGGCCGGGCAGCUCCAACGAGCAAGGCUCCUCGAGCGAGAACAGCAGCGAGUCUCUCGACGGCAGACUCAGACAGCCCACGACGCCGAAGAAGAGCUUCCCGGUAAGGGCAGCGCCGCCGCCGCCGCCUCCUCCAGGUCAGAAGAAGCCCAAACACUCCCCCAAGAUGCCAAUGCUGCCCCCCGGGGCGAAAAGACCCUCGCCGCCGGCGGGAACUCCUAGAUCAGGCCCUCCAGCGCCUCCUUCGGCGGCAAAGCACGGGAAUCCCCAGGCCUCUGGCGGGAGCGUCAAGGACAUGAUUCGCAGGAUGGAGACGAACUAACGAAGAGCCAGCGCUAAUGGCGGUUCUUGGUAUCAUUGUCAUACACACACACACACACACACACACACACACACACACACACACACACACACACACACACACACACACGCACACACACACACACACGCACACACA